UUGACCCAGCUCCGAGCAGGGGUGUUUGCAGCAGCUCUUUUCUUAAGUCUAGCCAUCUGUCACCUGCGCUGCCUUCUGAGGAGAGAUGGUCCACCUCCGGCGCUCCAGAGACCUGCUGUCAGCUGCGUGAAGAGGGGGACUCGCCUUCUUGCCCAGGCUGGAAGAGGACUAGCUGCCACCGUGGAGGGGAGAACUGGACAUGUCUGAGGCACCGUACUGCCCUGACAGUGAGACCCCUGCCCCAGACUGCAGGCUGGGGGCCCUGUACUGGGCCUGUGUUCGCAAUGACUCUGCCCAGCUUCAAGCCAUGCUGGAUGAUGGGGUCUCCCCAGAGGAGGCCACCCAGGUGGAUGGCAACGGGAGGACAGGCCUCAUGAUCGCAUGCUACCAUGGCUUCGGAGGUGUGGUGGCCCUCCUCAGCCGCUGUCCUUUCCUGGAUGUGAACCAACAGGACAAAGAAGGAGACACAGCCCUCAUGCUGGCUGUCCAAGCAGGCCACGUGCCUCUGGUGAGUCUCCUGCUCAACUACUACUUGGGCGUGGACUUGGAGCGCCGGGACCAGCGGGGGCUAACGGCGCUGAUGAAGGCCGCCAUCCGGGACCGCUCUGAGUGUGUGGCCGCGCUCCUCAUGGCAGGUGCCGACCUGACAGCGGUGGAUCCUGUGCGGGGCCAGACGGCCCUGGAGUGGGCGGUGCUGACGGACAGCUUCCAGGCUGCGCAAAGGAUCCGGCAGCUGCUGCGGCGGCCGCGGGUGGAGCAGCUCAGCCAGCAUUACCAACUGGAGUGGCAGGCCUUGCCUGGGCUCGUGGCCCAGGCCCGGGUUGCCCCAUCUCUCCUAGAGAGAUUACAAGCCACCUUGAGCCUCCCCUUUGCCCAGUCUCCUCAGGAAGGGGGUGUCCUGGACCAUCUUGUGACCAUCACGACCAGCCUAGCCAGUCCCUUCCUCGCCACUGCCUGCCGUACUCUGUGCCCUGACUGCCCACCUGCACUGGGAACCAGAAGCAAGUCUGUGCCAGAGUUGCUAGGCACUGCUCCUCCCCCUCCCCCCGUACCCCAGUCCCCCCAGGUAGUCCCUGGGCCCCGGGUCCUCCUUCCUUACCAAAGUCCUCAGGGUGUGUUGAGCAUGUGCCCUCCGUGGCUACAGGUCAGGGACCGUACCAGUUCCAAGCCCCAAGUCCCCAAGAUCCUCCUCUCCAAGGCACCCUCAUCUGCCAGCCAGUGCAAGCCAGAGCCCAGGGCUGCGGGGCAUUGCACGCUGACCCUUCCUGUCUGGCAAUACCAGGAGCUCAGGAUGCAGAGGAGGAGGCAGGAGGAGGCCAGGUGUGCACAGAGCCAGGGGAAGAUGGACUAGGCCCGACGGGGCAGGGAAUCAACCCUCUCCUAUAGGCUCGUUUGCCUUAUAGAGACCCUUCUGCUUGUCAUCCUGUGUACGAGGUUAUUCAUGCAACAUUGUUUGCAACAAUGAAAGAGUGGAAAUAACCUGUGUGUACAGGGGACUGGCUAAAUUGAUUAUGGGUGUAAUUACUGUACACCAAUAUGAUGUAUUCUUUACAGUGAUAAAACAGGAGUAAGGAAGCUCUUUAUGUUCUGAUAUGAAACUAUCUUCCAGAUGUUUGAGUGAAAAAUAGCCAAGGGGUAGAACAGUGCAUAUGGCACACUACUAUCUGUCAAAGUAAAAUUUGCACAGAGCUAAACUUGACUGAUACAAAUAUAAAGUGAGUACCAAGAUUUAUUUAACCACUUAAUGAGUGAACCAGCAGGAUGAAUCAAAGGAAGAAAUGAAAGCCAUUAUUCACAGUGAGUGGAAAAAGAAUGCUGGAAUAAGAUUGCAAAGUUGUUACAAAAAGUUAAUUUCUGCCUGGCCGGUGUGGCUGAGUGGUUGAGCAUCAACCCAUGCACUA